UUUGUCGAGUCUUGCUAUCCGGCUGGAAAGGGAGGCGGGAGCUUUUUCUUGACUAAUGGGCGAGGUCCUAAGAGGAAAAAGGUUGCUCCGCUUCCGCUAGAUAUUCGAAAGGGUUUUUCAAAAAAAGCGAAAGACUCAUAUUUCCCCUCUCGAGAUCUAGAUUCGCGAAGUCUAGCAUCUCGGUUGGUUGAAGAAGCUUUUAUUGUACUCACUUUCCUUCUCUCCGCUAAUCGCACUGAAAUGACUAGAUCGGAUCGUUGGUUGAAUCUCCGCCCUACUUUCGCUUAG